AUGAAAGUUCUACAAUCUCAGGCAAUUCUCCUACCUUGUACAAGCUUUCCACUGAAAGAAUCAACAAAUGUAGAAAUACAAUCUCCAAUAAAUACAAUAACCAAUGUAAAUCUGAACAACGAAGAUAAUGUGACAACAGUAAAACUCACCACGACUCCUACAAAAAAUAUUGUUUUAGAUUUAUCCACACCAUCUACAUCAAAAGAUAAGCCUCACUUUAACAAAUCAAUCAAUGAAUACUUACAAAAUCCUCCAGUAAGUAAAAGAAAAUUUAUCAGGAAGACAGAAAAGAACCCUUAUCUAAUAACUUCCGAGAACUUUAGAGCAACUACUGAAAGAAGAGAAAUUGAGAAACAACAAAAAGAGAAUGAAAAAAUUGAAAGGAAAAGAAAAAGAGAUGAGCAAGCAGCCACUCGGAAACAAAACUCAAUUGAAAAGAGAAAAAAAGGGAAAGGCGUGGGGAAGACAUCCAUAAAUGAAACCACUAAAAAGGAAACUGAAACUGUUACUCCUCUAAAUGACAUAGAGAGAAGCACUAGUAACGUUGAGACUGUAAAUAAAAAUGUUUUAAGUGAAUCUACUAAUAAAAUAAAGAUAUUACACAACAUGUUACUGAUUACUUGUAAGUCAUGCAGACGUCUAGCUUUAAAAAGUAAAUCUUUAUUGUGUAGUUCAUGCAAGAAAUCGUAUCAUAAUCAGUGCAUUCCUAUUAAGCACAGAGAGCAUAUCCCAGAUGAAGAAGAUAUUUUAGAUUUUAUAUGUCAUAACUGUUACAUAAUGAAUGAUGACUCAGAGGAUGAGGUCAGUAAUAAUAUGUAUUAA